AUGGCUCAGCAGAGUUCACUAGACAACAAUGGUAAGUCAAAGAACAGAAUUCUGACAAGAACUAGAAGGUGUUUCGAGCCAAUUAGCAAAAAUAAUUUCACUUCUUAUAAUCAAGCAUCAGAGAUACCUAGCAGCCCUGCCAAUGCAAUGGAGUUCUUGAGUCGACCGUGGAGUCCAUCUUCUAGUGAUCUCCUGCAAAUGUUUUCAUCAAGUAAUCUCUUGUUGAAAGACGCGGCAGGCAAAGAGGAUUAUGAAGAACAAGAUGAGGAAAUACUGGACAGUUCAAGCAACAGAGCUUUUACCAAUAAACAGUAUAUUAAGGUGGACUUGCAUCACAUGAAGGGAUGGCUAAAAAGCAAAUCUCCAUUUUGGUUGUUUAGAUCAGAUCAAGAGAAGAAAGAGAAACUCCGAUUACAAACAGCAAAACUACAUGCUGUACUUUCUCUCACACAGCUUGCUUCAGGUAUUGCUGGCUUUGCCAGCAAUAGCAGCUCAGAAAUACGAGACUCGCACCAUAUCAAUUAUGAAAGGGAAGGAAAAUGGAGCCACAAUAUAGGUAAUGUAGUUGCUUCAGCAGCUGCUCUGAUGACUACGGUAUGUGCUGAGGCAGCGGAAUCUCUCGGAGCAGGAAGAGCUCAGGUUGCAUCUGCAGUCAAUUCUGGCCUGGCCAUCCAAACUCCAAUGGAUAUGAUUGCAGUCACAGCAACAGCAGCCACAUGUUUACGAGGAGCUGCAAUUCUUAAAUCGAGAGCCAUAGAGGAUUCCUCUCCUAGGAUCCCAGAGAUGCUCACUGCAGGCGCCCGAAUAUGGAUAAUAAUGCCCUCAGGACAUAAAGAGGACAAAUGGGUGACCCUACACUUGAAGCAAAACCAACUGAUACUAAGCCUCAAAAGGAAGUACUUUGGAACUCUAAGAGCUUCAAAAGAAUACAAGCUGAUCAACAUCAUAAAAGAAUGUUUGGAGGCUCAAGACAAGUACUUUGUUAGCUUGAGGACGAACAAUGGAAUCAUCAAGCUUCUUUUCGAAGAUGAAAUGCAAUCAAGCAUCUGGAUAUCUACCAUUUCAGGUGUCUUAAAGAAGCAAAGAUCCUCUUGAGAAAGAGGUCUGAUAUAUUGUACAAAAAUGUUAUGUCAUACAGACA